GACGCAUUUGGGUACCAGGGUGGGGAUUGGAGUCUGACUAAUCUUCGCGUCCGCAUACCGGAUUCCAAUCCAAUCAUGGCAUGGAAAUGUGCCUACAAUGACGACCCACUGGCACGACUCACUAUUCUCAUCUUCUCAUUUGUUUGUAAUUCAGCUGAUUUGGAGCGCUUCUUCUCUAUCACUGGGGACACAAAGAACCCUGCACGCAAUCGACUAUCUGUUGAGAAGAUGGUGAAAAUCUCAUCUAUCAAACUAGACCUCAACCACCAACAUGCAGUCGAUGGUUCACAUAGGAAGAGAAUCCGUCGUUCAUUCAGACUUGCUCCUUCCGCUAGCGACCAUGACCCCUCUGGGGGCCAUUUGGAGCCUGAGCAUGGACAUCCCUCCUGCAUUCCUGAUGACAUAAACCAUGGCUACCAUCCUUUCCGUGCCAAUCUUCUUCAAGACCUCACCAGUGACUACAAUGCAGAACAAUCUGAAAUGAAUUUUGCACGGAGUCUACCAUCAAGAUCCCCCCAAGGUGUAAGUUUGCAGGGGAAAAGGGUACGAGAUAUUUUCAACUUGACGCGAGAUUCAAUGUGGGACCUUUACUGGAUCCAGGGUGAGCGGAACUUAGUGCUAGAAACAGAGAUGGAAGACCUCUUAACACGAGAGAGGAACUUAGACCUAGAUGGGAGCUUAGAGACGGUGGCAGGGUGGAAUGUUUGCGGUGACACGUUAAGCGCUUGUAGCUAAAUCCGUUAGUCCGUUAUAAGUCCGUUAGUUCAGACCUGACGGACCGAGACACCCAGUCCGGACCCAAUCUGACUCAGAGUCCCCAUGACCACGAGUCUGACUUGGUCUUG